AUGACAGUGGUUUGCUCCAUCGCUGUUUCGACGGCUACCACUUUAUUAUAUUUCGUUCUUUCUUCCAAACUGUGCUCGUUUUUUCCCACGAAAACAUGCCGCGUUGCUUGAUCAAAUCGAUGACAAGAUACAGAAAGACUAACAAUUCGUCCGAAGAGUCUGAAUUACCAUGGACCCCACCGUCGUCAGUCGACGCCAAGCGAAAAAAUCAGGCUAAAGAGAGUUCCUCGAAAUGCAGUAACAUUUGGACAUCAUCGAAACUACCUAUAGUAACACGAUACACUUUCAACAAAGGAAACAAUAUGUUGUGGAAUAAAGAAAUGACGGGGGACUUGGGAGGGAUGCAUUUCUCCGAAUUAGAGAACGUCACAUUAUCGACUGGUGAUACCUUAUUUAACGGCGAACAAAAGAUCGUGGAUACGAUUAAUGAGCAAAUGGUAGAGAAAAUGCAAAUCCCGUUGGCAUCGAACGCGAAGAAGCUAGAGUACCCCAUGAAUGUGGGCAACAACGAAAUUAAAGUUGCAGUCAAUUUGAACAGAACAUUCGACGAGACUGAGAUCCAAACGACUUCACAGGCAUUGUAUCUGAAUUCAAACAAGAAGCAAAUUGAUCCUACUCAAAACCAGUAUUUCAACAGUAAUAUAAGUAAAUCAAGUGUCGAGAACAAUCAGAACUGGAAACGAAACAAAACAAUGCAUUAUUGUCCCUACUGUCGUAAAAGUUUCGACCGGCCAUGGGUACUGAAGGGCCAUUUGCGCCUUCAUACCGGCGAACGACCUUUCGAGUGUCCAGUAUGCCAUAAAUCUUUCGCCGACAGAUCAAAUUUACGUGCUCAUCAAAGGACACGAAAUCACCAUCAAUGGCAAUGGCGAUGCGGUGAGUGUUUCAAAGCGUUCUCACAAAGACGGUACCUAGAACGACAUUGCCCUGAAGCUUGUAGGAAAUAUAGAAUAUCUCAAAGAAGAGAACAGAAUUGUGGUUAAAAGAUUAAUUUUAUUCACCUACCACAUAUGCAUUUGUAUACAGCAAUCUGUAAUAUAAUGU